AGCGCAGGGAAGAGGAAGAGGGGGAGGCGGCAGGAAGGUGAGGGUGGCCUCUCAAGGGAAACGAAAGGCGAGGAGCGGAAGUUAGAGAGAAAGCCAGAGCGAACACACACAAAGAAGAUCGGUGCUCAGAAGGUGUCUGACAGAGCUGAGGAGCGAGGGGGAGAAGGACAAGAAGGGAGAGGACUCAGAGGAGAAGGGAGAGGAGGAGAAGGGGGGGCGGGGAAGGUGCAGGAGAAUGACGAGGUGCAGGAGUGUGUGGAGGAGAUCAGCGUUCCAGGGAGGGCGAGGAGGAGGAGGAGCAGCAGUGGGGCGGCAGGAUCCUAUCGCACUGGCUUGCAUGGUUUGUCUCCAGUGCGGGUACUGUUCAGCCGAUCCCUGGACGCCAACACAACGAGCGAGUUGACGAGAAUAGUGGAGCGACUAGGAGGGGAUGUGGUGUCUGACACCUCCCCCGCCACCAUCACCACUGCGUCCGCCCUCGCUUCCUCCUCCUCCUCCUCGUCCCCUGUGGUUGCCGCUGCUGCUCCUGCCGCUUCAAUCUGCACUCACUUUGUCUCAGCGACGAAAAUAACUCGCACGAUCAAUCUCCUCGUUGCCAUCUCCAGGGGCUGCCACGUGUGCACUCCUGAUUGGCUGCACGCGUGUGCGAGGGCGCGAGGGUUUGUGGAUGCGGAGGGCUAUGGGGUGAGGGACAGGGGGAAGGAGAGGGAGGUGGGCUUUAAGCUGCAGGAGGCGGUGGGAAGAGCGAGGGAGCGAGGGGUGUUGGAGGGGCAGCGGGUGUUUGUUACUCCGAGCACCACGCCUGAUGCACACUCGCUUGCUGCCGUUGCGGCUGCUGCGGGUGCUGAGGUGCUGCCAUCGACGUCUGCCCAGGCUGCCCCAACGGUGAUCAUUUCAUGUGAAGCUGACCGAGCCGUCUGUGAAGCACGGGCGCUGCAAGGUGUGCCAAUCUUCUCUCCCGAGUUUCUUCUGACAGCAGCGAUGCGCCAACAGCUAGACUGGGACAGGAAUCGUCUCCCUUAGUGUUUUGGGAAGCACCUUCACCUUAGCCAUUUGGAUUCAAAUAAAUCUGGUAAAGGUGGUGUAUACUGUCAACUUAUACAUAUUAUCUAUGUAGAAGUUAUAGGCUAGACUGAGGUAUGCUUCUA